AUGGCCGAAAGUAGAUCACAAAGCCCAAAAAAUGAAAGACCGGAAAUAGCUGUAACUGACACAGAGGACGAUAGGGAAAGUCUUUGCCCCCCUCCUUCAGGACCAUCAACUAGGUCCACGUCCAAAAGAAAAACACCGAGACAGCAAAAUGUUCGUCUGCCAAAAUCCACUGUAUCCGUGCAGCAACAGCAAAAUGUUCGUCUGCCAAAAUCCACUGUAUCCGUGCAGCAACAGCAAAAUGUUCGUCUGCCAAAAUCCACUGUAUCCGUGCAGCAACAGCAAAAUGUUCGUCUGCCAAUGUCCACUGUAUCCGUGCAGCAACAGCAAAAUGUUGAUCUGCCAAAAUCCUCUGCCUAA